AUAUGUAUACACUAUGAUGAACAUGUAUCAUUCAUUCAUAAAUGUACUUGUCUAAUUUUCAUUUAAAAAAAAACCAAACACGAAAGAUUCAUUUGAUCCAUAUUUAACAUUGAUAGUCAUUGAAACUAUUCAAUUUGUUUUUUUUAAUUUUUCGUUUGUUUGUUACCAAGUUAAAUACAAAAAGAAUAGUUAAACAAAAUUUUAAAAAAAAAUUAAGGAAGAACUUUUAUUGUUGUCAUCAUCGUCGUCGUCGUCGUCGUCAACGUCGUUGUCAUCAUCGUUGUUGUUUUAAUAAAUUAAAAGGAGAAAAUUAUUUUAUUAUUACAUAAAGAUGGAUUCAAGUCCUGAUGUAUGUAAUAAUCGUGUAACUGGAAACCUUGACGUUAUGCAUAAUUCAACGAUGAACAACAUGACACACAAAUUAAGUAUGAUCGGCCAUGUCUACUCUUGAAGUAUUUACCUGAAUGAAAUACGCAUGUUUUCCAUGAAUAUGAUUCCUCAGUUGACUAAUUUGUUUUCAUUACCUGUGUUUUGCUUCGGAAACUUGCAAGACUGCUUGACCGGGCCCUUCAGACAUUCAAGUCUAUUAAAUCUAACAUGAUCAAGAUCUAUGAUAAUUGCUUACCAAUCUACUAAUCUGACAGAUAUAACAUUUAUUAUUUGUAUUUUUAAUGGUUUUUAAAAAAAAAUCGUUUUAGGAUCGUCGAUCAGUGAAUCAACGCUUACUUCUGGAACAUAUACUUUACCAGUUGGAGGCAGAUCACAAAUUAGACGAAGUGGUUCAGUUUCUCGUAAAUUUGAACCUUCUAUCAUUUAUACUCCAAACUAUAACUACAGAAAAAACGAUACAUCCGAAAACUAUCGUCCACUUUCAGCUCCAAAAACUUAUUCCAGUAACCAUUUCCAAGUGAUGAAUUCAGAUUAUUUAAUCAAGUAUCCUGAACUGGAUUAUUCACGUGAAAGUCAUUCAUCACAACCUCAUGAUGUACAAAUUCAAUCUAAUAGGAACUAUAAUAUCCGAUCAAGUUACGAAAUUGAGUUGAAUAGUUAUAAACAUUUAAAUAAUAAGAAUAAUUCCAGUAAUAGAUCACAUUCAAGAUUCAAUACAAUCACAGGCUCCUUCAGUCAUAAAUCAUUGAAUAAUGGAUUGAAAUUUUACUCAUCAGUAAGAUCCCAUUCAAAUCCAUUUAAAGUAGACUAUAAUCAAGAGAAUACAUCCGAUGCUCAAGACCGAUAUAACUUCCUUUCUUCAGGUACUGAGUCACAUAGACGUCCUCUUCUUUAUAAUUUACAAAGUCAAUCGAAUCCCCCUCAUAUAAAUGAUCUAUCAGGAACAUAUAGGCCGUUAAGCAGUCAUGAAAAACACUUAUCAACACGUUCACUUUGUUCAAGAUUGCCAUCACAAAAAAAUCUUGAACAGACUACUGAAAUUGGUUUGUAUAAAACUGCAAUGUUUGUUAUUCCUGCACCUACUUCCAGUUCUUUACCAAAUGUACAAAAUGACGACUUCAUAUCUUAUAGAAAAAGUGCCACUGACCAUCAUCAUUACAAUAAUAACCGUCGUCAACAUCACCAUCAUCAUCACCAUCAUCGACAUAGAGAUAACAGUGAUAGCUUUCUAAAUACUAGAUCUAAUGAAAAAGUACGCACCUAUAUUUGUAAAGGAUGUGGACGUUCAUCGUUGAAACGUAAAAAAGCAAAAAAUUCAAAUUAUUCUCUUGGUUAUUCAUGCUUAUCGUUGGAUAAGUGUUCAACCCCUCAAUUUAUUAAUUCAACUAAUAACCACAAUAAUCAUUCUCAUCAUGAUAUGGAAGAUGAUUAUGAACGGAUUAUAUAUCAAUCUCCUGGAUAUUCUCAAGAAGACAAUAUAUAUUAUACAUCAGUUGACAGAAGAUCUAACAAUCCCAAUAUACGUAAUAAUUCUCAAUGUAAUGUCAUUCCAAAUAGUAACGUUGCCAGUUUAGAUCAAGUUCAAUUAUGUGAUAAUUUACCGAGAAGUUCAAAACCUUCACACCAAACAACUAGAUCAGAUUGUAAUAAAAUUAUUGUUGAUAUUAAACCAAGACAAAUGAAUGAAGCUGAUAAACAACAACAUAUUACUCAAUGGAUUCAACUUGGUACAUUAGGUGAUACAGCAAGUUCACCAACUAUAUCACCACUUCCACCUGAUGAAUAUCAAGAUAAAGAUUUUAUGAUACAUUCAUCAAGAUAUCCCAAUGAACAAGAUAAUGAUGAUGAUGAUGAAGAUGCUAUUGCUAUAACUACUGAUAAUGAAGAGAAUCAAGAUUAUAAUCAUUGGAUUGAUUCACAAGAGAUAAAACAUAAAGAAUCACUGUAUGACCAACAUAAACAACAAGAAAGUCAUGAUCAAAGUGGAGAUAAAGAGGUUAAAAUACAGAUCAUCAAACAACAAACAAAUCUUGAUUCGAAUAAUAGAAAACAUGAACAUCUUAAUGAAAGUAGUCGACCAAUGUCUAACUAUACAAAUACUUCCAACAAUGAAAUCAAAUUAGAAUUUGUCAAUAAUCCAAGUCAUAAUAAUAAUGAGUUUAGUAACGACAAUAAUACUAAUCAUACUACUAGUAGUAAAAUAGGUAGUAUGAAUAAUAGAAUAAUUAUAGAACAAGUAGAUCCAGAUACAAAUCACAUAGUGAAUAAUAACAUUGUAAAAAAGAUUUCAUCACCAGAAGCACUUAAUGAACCUUCACUUCAAUCUACAUCUACAGAAGAUAUCACUUCUAAUUCGAAAUAUAAUAAUAAAUUUCCCAAUGAACGUAUUAUUACUAUUAAAGAUUUAGGUGGAUUAAAUAAUUCAAUUCAUAAAUCAUCUAUAGGUAAACAUUCACCAACACUUAGUCUUAAUAUUGAUUCAGAUGGUUAUACAUAUUCAAUGUCAUCUAUAAAAAAUGUACCACAUAUACCACCUAAACCAAAAUUACAUCAUACAAAUGAAAUCCUAAUGGAGAAAAAGAAUACACCCUCUUUGAUUACAUCAGAAAUACGUUAUAUGAAUAGUAAAGUAUCAAGUCAUUUAUCUAAUAUAACAAAUAUGAAUUCAUUAUUAUUAAAUACAACCAAUUCAAAUCAUUUCAAUACAACAUUGAAUCAUUCUACAGAAUCAACAACGGAUCUAUUUCCUAAUUUAGUAAAAACUAGAGAUACACCUAUACCAAAUGUAAAAAGUUUAGUAUCAUAUUUUACGGAAUUAAUCAAAAUUCAUACAGAUAUACAAGAUAUUAAUCAAUCAUCUAAUCAUAUUAAUAAACAUAAUGAUUAUGAUACUACUUAUAAUCAAUAUAGUAAUAUACAACAUGAAGAUGAAAAUGAUUUAGAUAUCCCAGCAAAUAUAUCACCAUUUUUAUUACAUCAUGAAACACCAUAUGCUAGAGAACGUCGUUUACAAGCUGUUGAAAUGUUAAGACGUCGUUCAACAAUACAUAUGUCAUAUGAUCGUUAUAGAGUAUUUCCACCUGGUUAUAGUAAUUCAACAUCACCAAUAUUAGAAAGAUUACAUCGUAAUAAUAAUAAUAACAGAGAUCAUCGUCAUAAUAAUGAUGGCGAUGAUGAUGUUGAUGAUGAUGAUGAUCAUACUAACUAUAAUGGUAAUAAUAAUCAGAACAUUAUGAAACAUCAACCCAUCGAAUCACCAAAAUAUCAAGUACGUAUGCAAGCUAAUUUACAAAAAGAUUCAACAGCUAUAGCUGCUCAAUAGAUUCUAUGGAAACAAUUAAAAAAAAAUAAUAAAAAAAUAACAUUCUUUCAAUGCGUUUAUUAUAAAACAUAGAUCAAUAAUCAAUUUUUUUUUAUCUUUUUUUUUUCUGGCAUCAAUUCUACUACUUAUUUCAUUCAUAAUAUGAAAUUGAAUAAUUAACCAUGUAACCAAGGUUACUUUUUUUUGAGUUAAUCAUUUUAUUUCAAUCGUUGAAAUGAUUAGUCAAUUAAAGGUGGACUACUAUAGAAAACCUGUGAAAGUAUUGGAUGUCCAUUUCAUUUUAUUAUAGGAUUCCUCUGUCUAGUGUUUCCAAGUUUUUCAUGGUGAUCUAAGUUCAAUUGAUUGAUGAUUUCAAUUAUUGAAAUUAUUAUAAUAUCUACGAAAAUCCCUUGAGAUAUUCUUUUAUUAUUGAUUACAACUUUUUUAUCCCUCAUUGUUUCUUCUUUCUUUCUUUUUUUCUUUCUUUUUCUCUUUUUUCUUUCUUCUUUUUUUUCUUUCUUUUUUAUGUUUAUAAUUUUAAACUUUAUUUAAAGUUAAAAUCAUAUAAAAUUGAAUAUUAAUAAUCAAUAAUGAUUUUACAAUGUAUAAAUAAUCCG